AUGGCAGAUAAAAUGCUGUAUAACCUGCCAACAUUGACAAAGGAAAACUAUCAAAGAUGGAAAUUUGAUAUAAAAGCAGCAUUAGAAUCGAUUGAGGUCUUAGACAUUGUUGAUGGAUCUACAAUUUGUCCAGCUCUUCUACCCGACAACUCAAAUGCCAACGAAAACUUGAAGUCUAUAGGAGAAAAGAUUACUGAAGCCGCACUUAUUGCAAAAAUAAUAAAUGAUCUACCAAAGGAGUAUGAUUUUUUCAGGCAGUCAUAUCGCAUUGCAGCUGCUGCAGAAACUGUGUUAACUUUAAGUAAUAUACAGGCACAAUUACAAGUAAUUGAGCAGGAUGUAAAGAAUAAUGGUAAUUCUAAUGACGUAGGAGAAGCCUUAGUAACUAAGUUUUCUGAAGCGAAGAAGCAAAAUCAAAAAAAGAAUUGUAAUGAUAAAGAAAAACGAGAUGGUUCAAAAAUGGUGGCUAAAGGACGUGGAACAGUUGUCGCUGAGCUAUUUAAUGAAAUAAACUGGAAUCAACGAGAAAUAUUAAACGUAUUAUGGGUACCGAAUUUAUGUGAGGAAGGCUUGAUUAGUCUAGGAGUACUCACUGAGCGAGGAUUCACAGUUGAAUUAAAAGUUCAUCUUGAUGUUAAAACUGCAUUUUUGUACGGCAAACUAGAAGAAGAAUUGUACCUAAAACAGCCUGAAGGUUUUACAUGCAUUAAUGAUGGCACAAAUCAAGUUUGUAGACUGAAAAAGGGUCUUUAUGGCCUAAAACAAGCUUCAAGAACUUGGAAUAAGAAACUAAAUAAGUUUCUAGAAGAUUUUGGCUUGAAACGUGUAACCUCUGACCAAUGCGUCUACUUCAUGAGGACUGAUGGAGUUAUUGUCAUACUUGGAAUCUAUGUAGAUGAUGGAGUUCUCUGCA